AUCCCCAUCAUGGAGACCGUGGAAGCUUAGGUGGGAGGGCUUCCCAUAUCUCUUGGACUGGCUGGUGGAGUAGUACUCUCUCUCUCUCUCACUCUCUCGUAUCUUCACAUUCUCAUCAGCUUUGCUCCCUGUCACGAAUUUUGACUUUCCCGGCGUUUCUCGGGAAAAAGAAGAGAGAGAAAGAGGAAGCUCGGGGAAAUUUGCAGAAUGAGGGAAAUGCCUCUGGGCUUAGAUUCCUUGACGCGGUUUAUUGCGCUCGCGUCCAGCUGGUGGGACAAGAUCAAUGAUUCUGCUACCUGGCAGGACGGGAUCUUCUACGCUCUCUGUGGUGCUUAUGCCCUAGUUUCUUCAGUUGCUCUGAUUCAACUGAUAAGGAUUGAACUGAGAGUGCCAGAGUAUGGUUGGACGACGCAGAAGGUUUUCCAUCUUAUGAACUUCAUCGUCAAUGGAGUGCGGGCAAUCGUGUUUGGGUUUCACAAGCAAGUCUUUGUUUUGCAUCCCAAGGUACUGAUUUUGGUAUUAUUGGAUCUUCCUGGACUUCUGUUUUUCUCUACAUACACACUUCUUGUGCUAUUUUGGGCAGAGAUAUAUCACCAGGCAAGAAGUUUACCAACAGACAAGCUCCGGAUUUUUUAUAUUUCAAUUAAUGCGGCAAUAUACUUUAUACAGGUUUGUAUCUGGAUAUACCUCUGGAUAGAUGACAACAGCGUUGUGGAAUUCAUUGGAAGUAUAUUUAUGGCAGUGAUAUCUUUUAUAGCCGCGCUAGGUUUCUUGCUGUAUGGAGGAAGAUUAUUUUUCAUGCUGAGACGCUUCCCAAUUGAGUCCAAAGGAAGAAGAAAAAAGCUUCAUGAGGUUGGAUCUGUUACUGCCAUAUGUUUCACCUGCUUUCUUAUAAGAUGCUUUGUGGUUGUUUUAUCUGCAUUUGAUUCAGAUGCAUCACUUGAUGUCUUGAGCCAUCCGAUCUUGAACUUGAUCUACUACAUGCUGGUUGAGAUCUUACCAUCGGCUCUUGUGCUCUACAUCCUGCGGAAGCUGCCUCCCAAGAGAAUAUCAGCCCAAUAUCACCCCAUCCGUUAGAGCAGUGCAUCUUCAUCCCAACAUUGUUAUUCUUUUCCCCCUAGAAGUGUCGGUUUUUCAUGGUCCCAGAGUUAGUUGCUACUGGAGUUGAGAAAGAGAACCAGAGCCAGAAAAAACAGUCCAGAUGUAUUAUUCUGGUACGGCUCACAACGUCGGAAAUUCUUUUUGGCAUGUACAUUAUACAUUGUUCUUUGCAGUUUGAUCUGGGAGAUGAUUUGAAUUGAUUCCAUCAUGGGUGAUUAAUCCACCAUGUAAUCCUUGGCAUGCGGUUUCAUUUGGUCAAGAACACGUUAGAAAGGAAAUUUUCCUGUAAUUCAAUUGUGGUAGGCGUCGGUUGAUGUUUGUUUGUAGGGUUCAACAUCAUGUUGUGUGCUUAAGGUGGUCUCAUAUAAAAAUGUAUUUAUUUUUUUAUUUGCUGGUAACCGUGUUACAUAUUCAGUAUAAAUGGCAAUCUUGGGAUUACCCAGUUUUGUUUUCGGUA